CGCACGCACUGCGCAAGCGCGGGGUUGGGCCGCGGCCCUUGGAGCAGGCGGAGAUGGCGGCUGCGGAGGGUGUCUCGUCGGAGCUGCCGGCUUCAGAGCAGCCAGGGGAGCUGCCUGCCUCGGUGCGGGCGAGCAUCGAGCGGAAGCGGCAGCGGGCGCUGAUGCUGCGUCAGGCCCGGCUGGCGGCCCGGCCUUACCCGGCGACGGCGGCUGCGGCCACUGGAGGCAUGGCUAAUGUAAAAGCAGCCCCCAAAAUAAUUGACACAGGAGGAGGCUUUAUUUUGGAAGAGGAAGAAGAAGAAGAACAUAAAAUUGGAAAUAUUGUUCAUCAACCAGGGCCUGUUAUGGAAUUUGAUUAUGUAAUAUGUGAAGAAUGUGGGAAAGAAUUUAUGGAUUCUUACCUUAUGAACCACUUUGAUUUGGCAACUUGUGAUAACUGCAGAGAUGCUGAUGAUAAACAUAAGCUUAUUACCAAAACAGAAGCAAAACAAGAAUACCUUCUGAAGGACUGUGAUUUAGAAAAAAGAGAACCAGUUCUUAAAUUUAUCGUGAAGAAGAAUCCUCAUCAUUCACAAUGGGGUGAUAUGAAACUCUACCUAAAAUUACAGAUUGUGAAGAGGUCCCUUGAAGUUUGGGGUAGUCAGGAAGCACUAGAAGAAGCAAAGGAAGUGAGACAAGAAAACAGAGAAAAAAUGAAACAGAAGAAGUUUGAUAAAAAAGUAAAAGAAUUGCGGCGGGCAGUAAGAAGCAGUGUAUGGAAAAGAGAAAUGAUUGCUCAUCAACAUGAGUACGGACCAGAAGAAAACUUAGAAGAUGACAUGUACCGCAAGACUUGUACUGUGUGUGGCCAUGAACUGACAUAUGAAAAAAUGUGAUUUUUAGUUCACUGACAUUUUUUUAACAGAAUUUUAUAUUUAAAUAAAGGAAAUUAGAUUGGAUUUAUUCAGAAUUCACCACAAUGUAGUCUUCAUAGAUGAUACACUUGUAUAAAUGUUUCCAGAGUAAUAACAGAUGUAUGGCUUAAAGCAAGUUAAGUUCCAGCUGGUCUGGUUGAGGGCAGCAUAUCAGGUCUGCAGGAGGUAUAUGUAGAGUAGGUUCAAAGUGGCAGGUUAGAGCUGCAAAUUGAGGAACAAGAGAACAAAACAAACCCUCCACUGGGGCAGAAGGAAGAGCCUUCAAUAAAGGCCAAAGCCAACUGAACUGGACUCAGUCCAAGAAACAGGGAUGGUGGUGUACUGCUGUACAAGCGUGUCAGGUUUUUAAGGACUACUUCUAUGUCUAGGACUGUGAGGCAGCGAGGAGCCAAUGCUGGAAGAAGUCCUAACAGCAGGAAUAAACAAAUUGUAGCAGUCUGGUCAUGUUUUCUGUUUGCUAAGGGCUUACUACUAUAGACCUCUGCAUUAGUGAUCAGACAGACAGCUCUUCUCAAAUGCUGAAUUAAAAUGGAAGAUAGCUACUUAAUAAGUUUAUCCUAAGUACUGCUGAGUGCCUUACAGGUAUUCUUAUUUAAUCCCAGGAGGGAAGGCAGCUUGCUACUUAUUUAGCACUUCUUAUUUACCUUCCAUGCUUUAUCCCAAAUAUUUGGAUUAAGUUUGGCUAGUCAGGUUUUCCCUGAAUCUUGUUAAAAGGAUCAUCAAGUAGUUUGACUACAGGAUCUAUGAAUCAUUAUUGAAAAAUUCAAAUUGAGAGAAACUGGAUAUUUUUCAAAUUGUUUGACAUGACUUUUUAUCCUGCUACUGUAAGUAAAGUUCAUACAUUUCCACUUUUUUCUCUAGGUCUGCUUGGAGAAAGGCCAAAGUCAAAACAAGUCAGACUCAAGUAAUUAGGUGCUUGAGACUAUAACUACUAAUUGUUAUCUACAUAAUAAAAAUAAAUGCUCAAUGUAUUUUUCAAGUAUUGACUUUUCAUAUGUGCUAUGCUAAAAAAUUAUAGCUCAGUAAAAUUGAUUCUGAAAGGGCAUCCAGAUUUCUGAGAGUGGAAAAAAGCUUCUCCUUUGACAACAGAGUAACUAGCAGUUCAGGCUGCUGCUAAGAGCAUUACUGCACUGUGGAGGAUAAAGAGCUCUUGAGGCCAGAUGAAGUCAAGUACAAAUUCCAUUCCCGGCUGUGGACACCUUGGGCAAACUUCUCCAUCUGUGAAGGGAGGCAUAAUGGUCUUUCAGAGCACUGCUGGAAGGAUUUAAUACAGCGAAUCCAGCACCAGGCCAACAUUUGUCUAGCAGAGGUUUGCCUCUAUUCAUCCUUUCCUUCAUCAAUUUAAGAGAAUCCUGGUAUCCCAGUAUCUACCCAGGUUGGCAAGGCUUCUCCUCAUCUUUCACUUUCAGGUCUAACUGUAUUUUAGGAAAACAGUAUAUGUUGUCAGUAUAUUGACAAAUAUAUUUUAAAUGGUACCAGUAUAAUUGAAUAGAAUAUUGACUCAUUGCAAGGUAGGAGGUACAGUGGCACGCCAUCCUUUUGUCUGUGUGAGCUUCCUUAGUGGGGAACGCAAGUGCUGAAUGUUUGCUCUUGCACCUUUAUUUCUUCAAAAUUCAGUCCCUAGUUCAGUUUUUCCGUAUGCAUAACUGUUGGACCGGACAGAGCACAGUUCCACCCAUGAAGAAGUAUUAGAAGCAACCAUUGUAACAUGAAAGGAGGAUCAAAAGAAAGGAAAUGAAAACCUACAAAUGGCUCUAGAAUGUGGAUCAAGUAUAACUAACCUUUGCUAGGCAAUGUGAAAAUAUUACAAAGCAGUUUAAGGUCAAAUAAAGUCAUCAAUGCCUUAAAGGUUACCCCAUUGACUUCUUUUGCACAGAAGCCAUUUCAAAAGACAUAAUGUGUGCUGUGGUUAAGCAAUAGGAAGGAAUAACAGUAUACAUAAGAUAUCCUUCCUUAAAUAGUAUGGUAUUUAAAAUCCUAGGAAUUCCCAUUAAGUAGACUUAGGUUUUGUAGCCACCAAAAUGUAUGGCAAACCAACAUGACCAUAUAUCAAACUGGAAAAUGCUCAAUGCAUCAUACACUUAGGAAGUAGUAAGUUUAAAAAAUUACUCUAUUGUGCAAAUGCACAAAAAUAUUACCAGUAAUUGUAGGAUUAUUACUGUUUUAGUGAAAAAAGUCUAAAAUCCCAGAAAUUUGAAAUGUCAGAGAAUUUCUUAUAAUCAAAUACAUUAUUUUACAAUAUGAUCUUAUCUUUUAAAGUCUUAAUACCACAUAGGAAAAAAAGCUCAGGAAUUAGUUAUUUGAAUCAGGAUACACAGAGACAAAACCCAAGCUGACAUCUAAUUCCAAGUAUAGUUUUAGCUAAUCUAUGUCCAGUUCCAUUUUAGCAUGUGGCUCUCUACAUGAUCUUGGACAAAUCCCUCUGAGGCUGCAGGCAAUGACCAGAUGCUCUAAGAUCAUGGUUCCCCAACCUAGAAUCACCUGGGGUGCUUUAAUAACUAAUGAUGUUCAUCUUCUACCUCUGGAGAUUGUGGUUUUAAGUUUUAAAGAAACUUCAAAGAUUCCCAGGAACUUGGUAUGGACAAGUCUGGGUACCACCAGUCGAAAUAGUGGUAAAACUAUUUUACAUACUAAGAAAUAGUUAUUUUAAAAUACUUAAAAAUAUUUUGAGGACUAUUUCAAUCGGAGGUAAGAUGCCUUAUCAUUAAUUUUAAAAUAAACUAAGAUGAUAAAUCAUGAAAUAACCAAAGUUUAAAAAACAUACUUUUAGUUUUAUUUCAGCCAUGUCAAGGUUAUCCAUGAGCUGUGAAAAGCUAUGCUAACUGGUAAUAAACCCAUCAGUCCUAUUUACUACUUUAUAACGUAAGAUUGACCACUAGUGUUUCACAUACCUCAGACCUGUUGCUUUGUGCCCUAAGGAGAAAACAUAUCAAAUGAUCACAGAAAAGUUGUAUCUAUCACAUAUAUAAUACAUCAUGGUCAUUGUCACAUUGUUAUCAUUAAGAAAUAUUUGCUUUUUAAGGGAAAUUAAAGGUAGUUUCAUAUUCCUCAUUGUCCUUCUUCCCCUUUGUUUCCUUUAAGAAGAGAAGGCUAUUUAUUACAAGAAACCAAGCCUUCAAACCAUCAAAAAUAAGAGAAAUUAUUUUAAGAUAUUAAAAAAAAAAAAAUCUUGACAUGAGGGGAAAAAAAAUCCGACCCUUAGGCCUGCAGAGCACAGAACU